AUGGAUACAAAGACCGCGGCACUCGCGGAGCAGUUGGUGCCGGCCACGUACGUGCAGCAAGGUCUUGCUGCCAUUCGCUCGCGCCACAAGUUGGUCACCACAUUACUAGCCCAGCGGUGCCUCCCGGACGACGGAUGGGACGACACGAGCGUCGAAAUGCUCUUGCAGACGCUCUCGGCCAUGGACAGCAACAACUUCCGAGCCAGCGUGGGGGCUGGCGAGCGUGAAGCGCGUGUGUUUUCGACGCUAGUGGCGCGUCGACACUUUGGAUUUGCGCACGGAGUGGGACGAUCAGGCGACGUGGCGGCGGUGCAGCCGAAAGCUGCCGGGUCGUCGCUCCUGGUGCAGCUGGCCAACGCUCUUGCGAAAGACGUGCUGCGUCUGGCUGGGCUGCGAGCAGUACAAGCGGCAUUGGUGCUGCCUGUAGCGACUGGAAUGUCGCUUAUGCUGGUGCUGCUGCAACUCAAGAAGACAAGGCCCGCGGCGCGCUACGUCAUUUGGCCGCGGGUCGACCAGAAAUCCUGUUUCAAGGCCAUUUUGGCGGCAGGACUGACGCCACUAGUGCUGGCAAAUGUUUUAGUCGUAGCAGAUGGAGUCUGUGGGGGGUAUUUGAAGACGGACUUGGCUGGGAUGGCAGCGUUGAUGGACCAAUACGGCAGUGAAAGUAUUUUGGCUGUAAGUAGCACCACGAGCUGCUUUGCACCUCGUGCGUAUGACGCUGUGAAGGAGAUUGCCCAGCUUUGCCAGGAACGAAACAUCGCACACGUGAUCAACAACGCGUAUGGCGUGCAGGCAUCUGCAUGCGUUCACCAGAUCGAUUUGGCUAUGCGCAUUGGCCGUGUGGAUGCUGUGGUGCAAAGUCUUGACAAGAACUUUCUGGUGCCGGUGGGUGGUGCGAUCGUUUGCUCGACGUCCAGUGAAAUCGUUGACAGCGUCGCUAAGUUUUAUCCUGGUCGAGCCAGCGCCACCCCCGCACUCGAUUUUUUUAUCACAAUGCUCCAGAUGGGUAAGAAUGGAUAUCGGCGACUACUUGAAGAACGCAAGCAUCUUGCAGCUUACAUGCGUGAGAAACUCGAGGUAUUGGCAGCGGAGGAGGGUGAGCAUGUGCUGAAAGUUUCCACGAACGAGAUCUCCUAUGCGAUGACAUUAGCCACAUUUUGCUCGGAAGUCGAAGAAAGGCAAGAGAAGUCGCGACGGCUGACGCUACUGGGUGCUAUGCUUUUUUCCCGUGGGGUGUGUGGAGCGAGAGUGGUAUCAUGCCUCGAUAGCAAAUGUAUUGCUGGGUACGAGUUCGACUCUUUUGGAGCACACCACGACAAGUUCCCGGUGGCCUACGUCACUUUUGCCUGCGCGUUGGGCAUGCAAAAAACCGAGGUGGACAUGCUCAUGACGAAGUUGCGGAAAACGAUCCACGACUGGCGAAAGAAGCAAAAUACGACUCCGUGUAAAAACGACCACCAGAAAUAG